AUGAGAAAAGGAAAUAAUUUUAGGGGCGCUUUUCCGACGGACGGCGUCCCCGUUUUUUUCGGCUCCGCCGUUUUUCUCACGUCCGCACCAGGCACGUCGCGAGGUGGUGAGCGAUGCAAAAAACGAUUACGAAAAUGGCUCGUGCUCGGUUGUGGUGGACGAACAACAGAGACAGAGGUGUUCUGUCUGUGUGUGGUGGAUGAGUGGCGAAAAAACUCGCAACGGACCAGUGGCCCAAGCGGUUGGGCACAGGCAGCGAGACACGGCUUUUUUUCGGCUCGACUAUCCGUCGAAGACGGCAACGCUCAACCCGUGCCAGCCGGCGAGCCUCUCUGA